UGCAGCUCGGCAGUGAUGUGAUUUUUAUCCUUCACUUUGAUAAUAAGCACCAAAACCACAACCGCCUGUAACAUAAACCGGGCCAGUCAGUCAAUUGACAGAGGGCUUCGAGCGCCCCUGCACUGUCCUAAUUUUAUGAUGUCGGCCGCUUAUCCUCUACGGUCGUGCGUCCGCGCCGGCAGCAAAACUUUUUCAUCCCUCCAGGUACGAUCCUCAACGGCAACAGGAAAACAUGUCUCGGCCGAUAGCCUGAGGUGCACGACGACUACGACGACGAAUCUCGCAGCGGGACGACGAUGGGCUUCGGGCAAGUCGGGGAAGCAGGCGGACGAGAGGACCAUAGCAGGCAUGGAGCUGUACGACGGGAAGCGCCUCCAACACAUGAUCGACGACCUGUUCGAAAAGGCGGGGACUAAAUCCCAAAAGGCGGUUAUCAGCGACAAGGCCAACGCCCUGGCCGAUUCCCAGCUGGCCACACUCAGCAGCGCAUCCAACACGGCGGAAAGAAUCCCGAAAAAAUACAGGACUGGUCAAUAUGAGUUCUGGAACGAGGGCGAAGACGAUCCCGAUUACAUCAGCGAGGAAGUCCUGGAUGAGGAGUUCAACGAGGACGAUAUUCUUUCCGGUGCCCACGGAAAGCUAGAGGAGCACAGGGAAAUGCGCGAGUAUGCGCGCCUGGCCAUCUACGACAUGCCAUUGCUCUCGAAGUUUGCAAAACCGUUUGAGCCGCCCACCAGGGCUACUCCGCUACGAUGGCGAUAUACUAGCUACUUGGGAGAGUUCCACCCGGCAGAAAAGAAGGUUGUCGUUGAGUUUUGCCCCGAAGAUUUCGGCCUCACCGAGGUCCAAGUCUCCAAGCUGAAGAAGCUUGCGGGUCCGAGGUACAACCCCGAGAAGGGCACUAUCAAGAUGAGCUGCGAGAACUUUGAGCACGCAGCCCAGAACAAGCGUUACCUGGGUGAUCUGGCCAUGAAACUUAUUGCCGAAGCCAAGGACCCCAAAGACACAUUUGAGGAUAUUCCCCUGGAUACCCGACACCACCCUAUCAAGUCCAAGCCCAAGUUUCCAAUGGAGUGGCGCAUGACUGAAGACAGGAAGGCCCAGCUCGUUCAGCUUCGCCACGAGGCCUACCUGUUGGACCAAGCAAAGAAGUCUAAGGGCGCACUGAUUGACGGCAGCGAGGUCAUCAAGAAAUCACUCGAGGCACCGACAGAGGAUGCUGUUACCAGUGCCGAAGAGAAGCUGCUGCAGUUUGUGCGGGCGGAGACAAGCAAGUCCGGUGGUAACAGGCCGGCGGCACGUUGAUGUCGGGUGGAGAAGUAGUUACGUCGGCUCACAGGGCGGGCAAAAACUCGCUUUUUGUAUGUAUACAUGUGUACUAUACUAUCACUACCUAACCCAUAUAAAUCGGCUGCACUGGCCACGUGUCAGUCAUAGUUAGAGCAUUCAGAAGGGCUGGAUUGUAUUGGACUGGGUUUAAAAUAAAUCGUGCUUAUCUUCGGGAUGCAAUUGAAUUCAGAUGAUUGAUUAGAGGG